UUGCAAUUAUAGCUCGAGGGCUUUUCUACCAAGAAAAUUUUAAACACAUGCAGAAUCCAUAGCCUUCCCAUCCUUCUUCACGGCUUGUGGCAAGGUCCACCUGAGGCCAUAAAUAUCUGCCCGCUCUUAGUUCAUUUGGAAGUUUCACCUGGCUUCCGGACAGUGCGCACGGAUCUGAAACUUGGUGGUCAAAAGGCAACUACUCCUUAUUUGAGGUUCUUCAGAAUGAUCUCAAUUUUGAGGAUCUUGGUUUUCAUUUUGGUUCAAGGACAUGUGGUGUGUGACAGGGAACUUUACCCGGUUUCCAUGUUCAGAAUGGAUGUUGACGAGAACCAGCCGAUUGAUCUGCCGGAAAACGGCGAAACUAAGCCUCCCCGAGGAAAAUCAGAUGGUGAAAGGCGCGCAGUUGGUCCACCAAUCGAUGUUGAUGUUCAGCCGUUGAAAAAUCAAAUUGCUGAUGCUUACGGUUUCCAGAAGGAUCCCAAUAAAGAUCAAUGGAAGAAGCUACCAAGUUUUGAAGGUCAAAUCGGAGAAGGAGGCUGGGCAGAAGCUGCACAGUUAGCAGAGCAAUUCUUCAGAAACAACAACAACCACGCAACACCAUGGCAAAAUUUACUGGCUACACGAACCCCCAUCAACCUCCUUUACAUCACAGCUGCUAGAUACCUUUUUGUAACCCAUGUUCUUUGGGUUCAAAGUAAUAGACAGUUAAUUGCUUGCAAGGAAAAGAGAGACAAAUACAGCGGCAUUAUUCAAAGUUUCGAGAUCCCUGCAACUGGAGUGUGUUUUCCUUUACCUUAUGGCAGCGCCACCUACAAGUCAGACUACGACGUCGGGCUCAUCGGAGUAAAUUCUGGAACCCUCACACAGAGCUUUAAUCAGUAUUUUCAAGCCGCGGCCCCGAAUGGAUUUGGCAAACCCUCAGAGCUUGUAUUUGACACAAAUGUAUACGCCUUCACUCUGGAAUUCGCCAUGCCCAUGAUGUUUCUCAAGCUACCCGAAACGUUUGCUGCCAAAGUUGCGAAACUUGAAACAAAAGUGAGGUACAAAAUGCAAGAAUUGGCCAGUGCUUAUUAUAAGAUGUUCAAGUACAACAACAAUUUUUUUCAAGCGUUGACGACGUCAGCUCAAAAUAACAUGCAAGCUGCGCCUCGGCAGGUUCUGAACGAGUGGCUGACAGCGUUCGACAACAUGAACAACGCUGAAAAUUUCAGAAAAGGGGCAAGAUCCGACCAAGCCUUCAGACUCGCCCACAAUAAUAGGUACCAAGCGUUUGUGGCAGCCGUAUCACAAAACGGAGGAUAUGUACCAAACGAGAUAGACAACGUCGUGAAGGCCCUACUCUACGCUGCAGAGGCAUAUCACACCCGCGGCGCCAUACGACAUGUGGUACAGGGUAUGCAGAUGAAGGCGAUCGACAGGGGCGAGUUUAACACACCGCUAUUAACUUAUGACCUGUGGGUGUCCAUGAUCGAAAACUGGGGAGAUGCAAAUAAGGAGUACGCACACUGUGGCCCAAAUGUCUUCAUAGCGGCGUGCUUAAACAAGAUGAGUAAAUACCUGUGGAGGAUGUUCAACGCGAUGCGACUAGUCCGUGUCCGUCUGCCAUCUAAAAGCAGUCAGGGAUUGCUAGCCUUUGGUACAACUGAUGACCCCGAGUCAGCCACGCAGCAAUGGCGGCGCAAAGGUGCAAAUGCAGACGCGAAAAGCUAUUACCUGUUUUUGAAAAAGUUCGAAUGCAAUGCCAUGAUAAACACAGUGACACAGAGAGUCGUUGCCAACACCCGUUUAUCCGUGAAUUGUAUGACAAACAUCAACAACAAAGUCAACGCCUAUAAUAUAAAGUUGGCAGGUCUUGUGACAAACAAGGACGGAGAAGGGAUGUAAGCCUCAAUCUUUUUGUGACGACUCCAAGAAACAAGUGAUAACUUCUCCCAACAAAGCCAAUCCAUUGUCAAGCAACAGGUGGGAAGACUUAAAGAAAUCAUCAGGAGACCAAAAUCGUGUUGAAGAUACGUCUUAAUUCUCACAGUUGAUUUUAAUUUUAACCUGUAGGGAUAAUUUCUAAUCACAUGUAAGUUGGGUGGCUAUCAUAAAUCAUCGGAGCAGUAUGGAAGGUCUCAAGAGAAACUUGGCCGUUAGGCAUAAAAAUUAACAAUUUUUAACCGUUAAUCGUCAAAAGUAACAAAUUUUACUGUAGGUCGUCAAAAAAAGUUAACCGACAACAAUGGAAUGGUCAAAAUUUUAAAAGUUAGCUGUAAAAGUCAUCACUCCACAGAGACUCUCAGUAUAGCUGCAGUGUUAUAUUUUGCUAUGAACUUACUUAUAUUUAAAGUAUACAUAAUUACUACCUGUAUUAUCUUAAGUUAAGGUAAACGAGUCCUUCACUGGUAGGAAAAAUUGACGCAAAACAGAUAAAAUGUCUUGCAACAUGACGACUCAAUAGCAAAAAUAUGAACUGAUAAGAACCAACAUCUACAAAAACUGGAGAUAACUCGCAAUAUUGAUGUUUGAAUUUCCUACAAGGCGCCGUUUUGGAUCGUUUGACGUCACACGGUUACCAUUAUGGAUCAAUUUCAGUAUCUAAGUAACUGCGCUCCUACCCCUCCCCUAAUCCAAAAUUUACACCAACUUGCUAGAAGUUAAUUGUUGUUGGGUCAGGGGAGAGGUGAGUGCGCAGCUGCUUAGAGACUGACAUUGAUCUGCCAUUAUUGUGAUCAAACAACAGCUCCUAGGACCGCAGGAGUUCUGAUCAGGGAUCAUGCAGAUCAUCUAGAAAACGUCACACGAUCCAAUUUCUCCGCACGCACUAAAUUCUAUAGUUUCAAAAGGCCAAGAUCUGUUUGUUUUUUUCCUCACAAAAAAUUUUUUUCCGCACUGAUGCAGACAAAUGUUACUGAAAAGAUCAUCUUUGAUAAUUUCACGACAAUUUGUUCAAACUGUGCGAGGUGGUUUUGUAUAACGAUUGAGAGGAGCCAAUAUACGCCCUCGUGGCAUGGAGGCCUUUAACUCCCGAGAUCUGAUUACUAUCUACCUCACCAGCUGCUUCACAUUUCCUGGUUAAUUAGUCACUAGAAUUUGGUGUUAGAUCAAGAUAAUAAUUAUCUGAUAAGUUUGAGUAUUCUCAUUACCUGUCUGCUGGAUUAUGUAUGGAUAUUAUUGGGAGAAGUUAUAUGUAAAUCACUUGUAAGGUUAAAAAAAGAGAACGCUCAUAUUCAGUUAUCUUUGAUUUAAGAUAGUCGUUGCAUGAAAAAUAUCUGAGAUAUUCGAGCUCCAAAACCAAGAGAGAAAACUCUCGAUUAAAAAUUUGGUCAAAAAUUGGUAAAAGAAUCCAUGAUUGUACUUUGGAAUCAACGAUAAAGUAGUAAUGAUAAAUUGAUUGACGAUUUCCGUUUUUCGCCCUUACACAAAUUUAAACUUUGCCUACCAAAUAUAAUCGACUAAAAUUCGGAGUGCAUAUUGUUAUCAUCAACUUAUUUUAAUCGCAUUUAACCAAAAAAAAAAUUAAAAAGCUUAAAAAAGCCAACAGUUGUACUAAACACUAUAGUAACAAAACCAGGAUUACUUUCUCAUAUGGAUUAUUCCUCAUGCAAAUACCUCUAAGACAAGCUAUUGAUGACAGCCUUGUGCAUCGUGUUGAAAUAAAAGACUGUUGGAACCAA